CCUGCCCCCUUGGGCUUCGAGUCUGAGCUUCCGUCUUGCGGAGUGAAAUUGACUCAGGGUCUCGCCCGAGCUGUUGGUCUUUGGCAUUUGUCGUGUGUUCUGCAUGCCCCGCCACGGAGCCGCCCACUGACCACCAUGCGAGCUUCCAUGUCUUGCUCGUGUUAUUAUUAAUGCCUCUCCGCGGUUCAUUAUAAUCUGCCUUGACAUUGUGCAUAAAUCGUCUUGGCGCCGUAUCUAACAUGGUGAAACCUUUAGCUAAAGGCAUUCUUGGAACCCAGUUCCAGGCACCGGACAUUGAAUGGAGUGGUUAUCACGGCUUCCUACUCAACGUCCUCGUAUUGGUCAGCUUCAUCCCCGAAACGAGACUAAGGUGCCAGUUUUCAAGCUAUCAUGGCUUCAAAUAAGCAUGCUCUCCGGGGUAAACUAAGAUUCGCCAAGAAGCUGUGACUAACAAUAACUCCCACGAUAAUUUCUCGUAACUUUCCAUAUAGACACCUCAGCUAAGGUGGUCAUCCGACCCGAAUCACUAGUUCAUCAGAGUGUGCUUCAGCAGAGGGGCUUACACCGAUGUAGUAUUAUACCAGUGUAAACAGGCCAUGCAAGGUCACUCUAGAUUGGUGCUGACUAUAUCGCAGUGUCACGUAGGCUACUAGUUCUCCAUAGUCCGUUGAACUAGGACGUACAACCUCAAAAUCCCUGGUUGUAUAGGGUAGCGCCAUUCACCACCAAAGUCUGGAAAUUGGGCCAUAGAAGGGGUUGAUUAAAGCGGUAGAAGAAGGAUGUAUGAGAUCUUCUGUUGGAAAUAUAGAACAGAUUCCUGGGGAGACAAAUUGGGAAUGAUUCAGGAGGAUCGUCGUUGAAUGGACAAACAGACGUGUGGUUUGUGACCCAAGCAGCCCAGGCUGAAGCCCUUUAACCAGUGUCCCGAUUGCUCAACAUUAC